ACCUAUCCACGACCGGAGCCUCUUCCGACAAGGCCGGCGACGAGUUCCGGUACCCGUUUUCCGAGCUGCUCCUCUGGGCGGUGCUCACGAAGCGGCAGGAGAUGGCGAUGUGCAUGUGGGAGCACGGGGAGGAAGCGUUGGCCAAGGCCCUGGUGGCUUCACGACUUUACAAGAGCCUGGCCAAGGAAGCGGCUGAGGACUACUUGGAGGUGGAGAUCUGCGAGGAGCUGCGGAAAUAUGCAGAAGAAUUCCGAGUGCUGUCCCUUGAACUGCUUGACCACAUCUACACUCAGGACGAUGCGAUUGCGCUACAGCUGCUCACCUACGAGCUGCGCCAAUGGGGCCACGAAACCUGCCUCUCGCUGGCCGUCAUCGUCAACAACAAGCAGUUCUUGGCGCACCCGUGCUGCCAAAUACUGCUCGCCGACCUGUGGCACGGAGGGCUGAGGAUGAGGAGCCACUCGAACGCGAAGGUGCUGAUGGGCCUAUUUUUGCCGGCCACGAUCCCUACGCUCGAGUUCAAGACCAAGGAAGAGCUGCUGCUCCAACCCCAGACGGCCGCUGAACACGAGCACGACAUGAACGACACCUUGUCAUCGAGCUCAUCGUCAUCUUCCGAAGACUCGUCGAGCGGCUCGGAAAACACCGACAGUGAGGACGAUAUGCCCCAUUUACCGCACCAUAAACGAACAGCGCACAGCAGCAUGCAGUCGAUAAAUACGGUCGGCGCAAAAUCAAAUUCCGACGCCGUCUCUACGAAUUCUACGCGGCACCGAUCACCACCUUCUGGCGGGGCCAUCGCGUUCUGCUUCUUCCUCGCCGCGCUCACCCAUGUGUUGCUGAUCAAAACGCCGCCAAAACCCACCUGGCUCGAGUGGCUACUGACCGCCUACGUCGUGUCGUUCGGUAUGGAGCACACCAGGAAGUUCAUCAUGAUGGACAUCGAGCCGUUCACGCAAGUGCAACUGCUCGAUUACAUGAGCGUCCACCCGAAGCUCGGUCCCUACAUCACGAUGGCUGGCAGAAUGAUCCAAAGCAUGGUGUACGUGAUCGUGAUGUUGUGCGUCUCCCUGCUGGCCUUUGGACUGGCUCGUCAAUCGAUCACCUACCCAAAUGAGGAGUGGCACCCGCUGUUGUUGAGAGAGGUGUACGCUGAUGAGAUUGACCAGUGCGGAGAUGAUGCCUGGGAUCAACACCUCGAAGACGGCACCUCCCUGUGGCAGUACACCGGCAACAACACGUCGAACUGCGUCCCCGGCCACUGGAUCCCGCCCAUCAUCAUGACCUUCUUCCUCCUCAUCGCCAACGUGCUGUUGAUGAGCAUGCUGAUCGCCACGUUCAAUCACAUUUUCGACCAAACCGAGGAGUUCUCGCAGCAGAUCUGGCUCUUCCAGCGCUACAGACAGGUGAUGGAGUACGAGUCGACGCCCUUCUUCCCGCCGCCGCUCACCUUCUUCUGGCACCUGUGGAUGCUGCUCAAAUAUGUGAGGUGGAGAUGGUGCCGAAAGAGGCGGAAUCUCCCGUCGUCGGUGGAUGAUGAGAAGGACGUCUUCGACUUCUCGCUCAAGCUGUUUUUGAAGGCUGAUCAGGUCGAAAAGCUGCACGACUUCGAGGAGGACUGCAUGGAGGAGCUGGGCCGGCUGAAAGAUCACGCGCGGAACAGCAGCAACGAUCGGCUGAUUUUUAGGACGUCCGAGAGGACCGAUCUGAUGCUCGCUAGGAUUAACGACAUGGCGGCGAAGGACCAGGUGCAUCGCGAAGAUAUGAGAGGGAUGGAGGCGCGGGUGGAGAUGAUGGAGGGGGAGAUUGGCGAGCUCAAGGACAUGAUCCGACAGCUGACCACCUCGCUGCCGUUGGUCAUCAUCCAGGCCCUGCAGGGCGGCCAACGUGCCGCAGGCCUAUCACCGGCCCAUUCCUUCAUCAUCCCUGGGCCCAAGGAGAGCAUCACCCAAGAUGAGGCCCCCCAGUCGGCCGGUGUACAAAGUACGACCACGCAUCCGCUCCUGCUCGAACGCGAGGGGAGCACGAGGGCGAGGAAGAGGACUACGACGUACUCGGGACCAUCCCUCAACAUCGAUGCAGAUUCUGGUCUCCUCUCCCCGGCACUUCACGAUCCCUUUAAAGUCGGCUCUCUCUCGAACCUGGGGCCCACCCAGCCGCUCUUCAACGUGAACAGCUCGAACCUGCCGAGGAGGGACACGAUCAGCAUGUCGUUCCGGCGGCGCCAUCACGACGAAUACACCACCAUCACCGACUCGAUCAGCCUGGCCGCCGACUUGAGGAAGCGGGACAGCGACGAUGAGAUGACAGGCGGAGCCAUCACCGAAGAAGACGAGACGAAACACUCCUUCGACGAUAGCCAGCUGAGCAUCCCGCAGGUCCAACUCCCGAGACGGCCAAAGCUGUCCUCAUCGCAUCACCCCGGCUCUAUGACUGAGCUCGAAAACAAUGGCGUCAUGGCGGACUGCGAGCUGACGGAGCUGGAGCGCGAUCGGGACAGCGAGAUGGAUCUUCCGCACACCUCGAGGCAUCGUAAAAAGGGAAUCUCGCGGAGCAGCGAUGAGAAUGAGGGAAUCCACGUCGUUACCCAUCUCGAUUCCGACGAAAGCCUCACAAAGUCCCCGGAUCGCCCUCCGAAUCAACCAUCCGUUUUCCGACACCGCACCGUUGAC